CGCUUAAACACACACACGCUCAACAUAGAUCGGAAAAGAGAUAGGGACAAGACGCCCGCCCGCCUGGCUUCCACUGCUGCUGCAUUGCACUUCUGCAUUCGUGUCUGUCUGUCUGUCUGUCUGUUGGGUGUGCUAUCUUAGUGUUACCUCUCUCCGUGUGCGCGCAAUUAGAUAUGUACGUGUGUGUGUGUAUAUGCCACGUAUGUAUGUGUGUAUGUGUGUGUGUGUGUGUGCAUCUCACCUCUUGGCGGGUCCGUCCGUCCGGCGCUUAAAAACUCCUGCAUACAACCGAUGGAUAGAUGGGCGAUCGGCCUGCACCAUGCACACACACACACACACACACGCGUCCGCCGCCUCUCCCUCGGUGUGCGAGGUGAGUGCGUGUGUGGCCAUAUAUAUAACUCACCGUGUUGUGCGCCGAUCCCUCUGUGUGUCAGUAGGUGUGUUCACUGGGGCGGUGCGGUGCCAUAGCCCAGCGCAUCGCACAGACGCUUCUGGAGAUCGCCCUUGUUGCCCCCCACCAGCAUAUUGAAGCGCUGAUUGACACAUAGCCACACCACACCAGGGGCAACCACACAGACACACACGUGUGUAUGCGCGUGAGUGUUUCGUUUGCGUGAUCCAUGUCGUUCGUCCGUUUACCCUGCAGUGAUCCUUGAGCUCGGUGACCUGACACCGCCCCCCACGCACACACACAAGGUGUAUGUAUGUCUGUCUGCGCAGUGCAGGUGUGACCGUGUUGUCUGUCUCCCUCCCUACCGACCUUCAUGUCCAUGAUUUGUUCCUUGGUCGGCCUUUCAGCGUCCUCGGGGAUCACAGGCACACCACGGCUGCACCACCGACCCACACACACAAACACACAACACACAGCAGCAGGAUGCCACCAAGCCAUCAACGAACACUCUCUCACUCACUGACCUGCUGCCCUGGCUGCCCUGGCUCUUGCGCCCCGGUGAAGACGUGCGAUGCGACGGCUCGUCCUCCUUGUCACCACCAACUCCAUCAGCCGUGCUCUUGGCCGCCGCAUCCACCUUCUCGACGGGUGGCAUCGGGCUUUCCUUCUCCUUCUGCUGCUCCGUGACGGUCUCCUCUUUGAGGGUCUCCUGCUGCUGCUGCUGCUGCUGUGGUGCCUGGUUGGGGAGUCCCUCUUGAGCUGUGGCCUCCAUGGGCUUGGGGGAAACCUCCUUCUGUGUCUGUGUGGGGGCCGGCUGCUCAGCGGCUGCAGCAGGAGGGGCCGGAGGAGGCUGCUUGUCUUCAUCCAUGGGAGCUGGUGCUGGUGCUGGUGGUGGCUGCUGCUGCUGCUUGUCUUUGUCCUUUUCGCCAAUCUCAUUCUCGACAUGUGGUGGCUGCUGCUGCUGCUGCUGCUGCUCUUGCUGGGUGUCCAUGGGCGCGGGAGGGGGCUGCUGACCAGAGAGAGAGACACACACAGACGAGUGCGUGAGCGUGUGUGUGUGUGUAUGUGUGUGUGUAUGUGUGUGUGUGUGUGUGUGUGCUGACCUCCUCUGGUUUGCCCUCGCCCAUCUGGGUGUCCCCCUCCUUGUGCUGCUGCCCCUCUACCUCCAUCGGCGCCUCCUCCUGCACUGCUGUCUCCCUGGGCUGCUGCUGGUCCUGCUGGUCUUGCUCAGUGGCGGCCAUUCUGUCGUCCUCGGUCUUCAUCUCGACGACGCCCUCCUUCUUGUCCUCACCCUGCACACACACAUCACGUAUCGUACGUGUGGUGUGCAUCAUGUGUGUGUGCGGCUGGGCGGGGCGCGGACCUUUUUGUUGUCAGGUUCGAAGGUGGGCUCCUCGACCCGCACCAUGCGCACAUCGCCCUCCUCCUGCACACACGACACGACACGACACACAAGGCACAACAAGCAUGAGUGUGCGAUGCGACCUAUCGGCGGGCGUCGUGUGUCAGUCAAAUCCACCUGGCCGUUUGAUUGUUCGCCCUCCUCCAUGGUCUCAUCGCCUGCCGCUGCCGCUGCUGCCGCACGUGGUGAGGGAGCGGGACCUCCGUAUGUCUCCAACUCUGCACACACGUGUAUGUGCACAUAGAGGUGUGUGUUGCGUGGACUCAUCCACACCAGACGGCACCCAUUUCUCUCUGUCUGUCUUGGUGAGGCGCCCCCCCCUCCCCCGGCGCAACAUACCCGACUCGUCAAUCUGCUUCAAAGCCUCCAGCUUGCGCUGCACACACACACACACACACACGCACAAACAGGUGUGGAUGGAUGGAUGGACAUCUGCCUCCCCCUCACUCUCUCACCUCUAUGGCCAUCUUUGUGUCGGUGAGUAGCCGCUCUGUGACGCCGUUGUGCUUGGCCGGCAGGUAGAAGAUCGUCGGCUGGGCCCUGUGGACACACACAUGGAUGGAUGGAUGGAUGGAUGGACACACACACAGACGGAUGCACCAGGGUGCGGCGCUCGUAUGUGUGGUGUGGUGUGGUGUGAGGUGGUGACCGUGUCUUGAUGAAGUUGCGCAUCUUGCUGAAGUGGAUGCUCAGUUUCUCGUUCUGACACACCAGCAAGCAUCCGACACGGUCAAGAGGGCUGGGGUGGGCCUCCAUCGGUGUGUGGUGGUGAGGGGACGGGGCUCACCCUCAGCUCGAGCUCCUUCUUGUGCAGCUCGCGGGCCAGCUCGCUCAAACGCUGCUGGUCGCUCGCACGACGAUCCUGUGUUUCCGCACACACAUGACACGACACACAAGCCUUGGUCCCACGUGCCCUAUGGUGUGUGUGUGGAUAUCUACCGUGUUGCCUGGUUUACCUCUGCCUCCUUCCUGGCGUUUUCCUUGAGUGUGAGCUCCUGCGUGUGCGCCUUGGCCACGGCCUUCUCCUCCAGCAUGCGGUGACGCGCCAUCUACAGGAGAUAUUCCGACACCGACGUGUACGUGUGUGUGUGCGUGUGCGUAUCUGUGUGUGUGGGGCUGUGGGGCGGGGGAGGUGCUGACUGACCGCGUCGGACUCCUUCUCGGUCUCGAGCGCGUCCUUGGCCUUCUUCAAAUGUCCUGAAGCACAGCGACACACAGACACACCACAGGCGGACAGAUGUACAUCGAAAUGUGUGUGUGUGUGUGCGUGUGUGUGUGGUUCAUACCCAUGAGCCCUGCAAACAUGUUUCGGUUCCGCUUCUUGAGCUUGUCGUCCAUCUGCACCUUCGGCUGCACCACACAGACCGACACACACACACACACACACAGGGAGGGAGAGGGAGAGGGAGAGGGAGGGAUGAGGGGCAAGUGUGUGUGUGUGUGGGAUGAGGCUCAUCACCCGUUCUGCGACGGGUGGUUCGUCCCUGCCAUUGCGAUCGCCCUGACAUCGACACACAGAGAGCACGUCAGUCAGUCACAUUCGUCGUCUGUCACUCAUUGUCCGCGUGUGGUGUGAUGUGAUGUGAUGUGUGUAUGUUCCCACCUGUGGCUUGGGGGGAAGCGACACCGCUGCAGACAUGAGGCGUACCUUGGCGUGCGGGCCGUCCUCGUCAAAGUCCUUAAGCACACACACACACACACACACAAAUCAUAGCAAGGAUGGAUGGAUGGAUCCACCGGCGUGUGUGUGAACAGGCACGCACCCUGCUUCUCUUGUCGCGCAUGCUGGGCAGCGACGUGGUCGACAGCUCGCCCAUAUCACGCGGCGUCACCGUCAGCGGAGGCAAACCUGACACAGCACACAGACAUACAGACAUACACACAGACAGACAUGCAUCGCGAUCGUGCCGUUCUCGUCACUGGCUCACGCACCCUCAGUCGAGCGUCCUCUCCCCACUGCAGAGAGCGGCAGCCGACCUGACACACCUGACACACAACACCCAUACACACGCACACCCACUUCCACACGAGAGACACCGCAUGUGCCUCACAUCGUGUCCGGACUGCCAGCCUGCCUGACUGACCGGCAUUGGGUCGUUUGAUCCGUCUCUCCAGCUCCCGCUUCUCAUUCACCAGUGCCCGCAGCUCGUUCUCCAUGUCACCCACACGCGACGACGGCGCACUGCCGCCACCACCGCCGCCUGGACGCUCACGGUCCCGAUUAUGAUCUCUCGUGAGGCCUCUAUCUCGCUCUCUGUCUCUAUCCCGGUCUCGUGGCGAGUAGGAAGGGCCUGCACGGUCCGCUGACACACAGAGAGAAGAAAGGGACAGCGGAUGCAGGCAGGCAGGCCUGAAGGCGUGGCUCUGUCUUGGUUCCGUCUGUGUGGACGCAUCAGCCCAGCUCACCCAUCAUGCGGCGGUCGUCAUCUCUGUGUGGAGGUCCUCUGUCGCCGCCACGCUCACGAUAAUCACGCUCCGACAUCCUUCC